AUGACAGCAAGACUUCUAAGAACACCCCUGGCUUUGCUCUUCCUUGGCCUCUUUGGGAUCCUGAAGGCGACAACAAUAUCGUGCAGAAACGAGGAAGGUGAAGCUGUGGAUUGGUUUACAUUUUAUAAGUUGCCUAAAAGGCAAGACAAGGAAAGUAGAGAGACUGGGGUAGAGUACCUAUACCUAGACUCUGCAACCAGAAGCUGGAGAAGGAGUAAGCAACUAAUGAAUACCACCAAGAGUGUUUUGGGAAGGACAUUACAACAGCUAUAUGAAGCAUAUGCUUCCGAGGAUAACAGCACAGCCUAUCUAAUAUACAAUGAUGGAGUCCCUAAAUCCAUGAAUUACAGCAGAAAGUAUGGACACACCAAAGGUUUACUUCUGUGGAACAGAAUCCAGGGGUUCUGGUUGAUUCAUUCCAUUCCCCAUUUUCCUCCAAUUCCUGAAGAAGGCUAUGAGUAUCCACCCACAGGGAGACGAAAUGGACAAACUGGCAUCUGCAUAACUUUCAAGUACAACCAGUAUGAAGCAAUAGAUUCUCAGCUCUUGGUCUGCAACCCAAACAUUUAUAGCUGUUCCAUCCCAGUAACCUUUCACCAGGAGCUCGUUCACAUGCCCCAGCUGUGUGCCAGAUCCAGCUCAUCAGAGAUCCCUGGCCGGCAUCUCACCACACUUCAGUCAGCCCAGGGACAAAAAUUCCUCCAUUUUGCAAAGUCUGAUUAUUUUCUUGACGACAUCUUUGCAGCCUGGAUGGCUCAACGGUUGAAGACUCACUUGCUAACAGAAACCUGGCAGCGAAAGAGACAAGAGCUUCCUUCAAACUGCUCCCUUCCUUACCAUGUCUACAAUGUCAAAGCAAUUAAGUUAUCUAGACAAUCUUAUUUCAGCUCUUAUCAGGAUCAUGCCAAAUGGUGUAUUUCCCAAAAGGGCACCAAAAAUCGCUGGACAUGUAUUGGAGACCUAAAUCGGAGCCCACACCAAGCCUUCAGAAGUGGAGGAUUCAUUUGUACCCAGAAUCAGCAUAUUUACCAAGCAUUCCAAGGAUUAGUUUUAUAUUAUGAGAACUGUAACUAA